AUGGAGCAGUAUGAGCCCAUCUUCAGCAUCGGCCAGGGCUCCAGCGCCGAAGUCUUCCUGAUGAGGAACGCGAGGACAAAGCAGCUGUUUGCCGUGAAGAAGGUCAGGACGGUCCCUGGGAAGAGGCUGCGGAGCAAAGAGGCCAUCCUGCGGGAAGUGGCCAUCCUGCGGCAGCUCCAGCACCCCCACGUGGUCGCCUGCCACGACCACUUCUUGGACACUGAGGAGGCGCAUGUUUUCAUCGUGCAAGAGUAUUGUGAUGGGGGCUCCCUUGACCAGCACAUCCGGAAAGGGGGGCCCUUCCCUGAGAGCGUCAUCAUGCAGUGGUUUGUGCAGCUGGCCAUGGCGGUGCGAUACAUCCACACCCUGAAAAUCUUGCACCGGGACAUCAAAGCGUCCAACGUCUUCCUCACUCAGACGUGGAUUCUCAAGCUGGGGGACUUUGGCAUCUCAAAGGUGAUGGACGGCACCCUGGAGCUGGCCAGCACCUUUGUGGGCACGCCCUACUACCUCAGCCCUGAGCUCUGCAGGGACCUGCCCUACAGCUCCAAGGCAGACAUCUGGGCCCUGGGCUGCGUCCUUUUUGAGAUGUGUGCCCUCCAGCCGCCCUUCCAAGCGUUCAGCCUGAUCAGCUUGUUCCACAAGAUUGUGAACUGCAGCCCCAGUCCCGUCCCUGCCUGCUACCCAGCCCCCCUGCAUGGCUUGAUCCAAACCAUCUUGCAAAAGGACCCUGAAGCGCGGCCCAGCGCCAGCACCAUCCUCGCCCUCCCGUACGUGCAGCAGCAUCUCAGCCUUUACUUCCUCCACCGGGACCCUCGGCUUCCCUGCCAGCUGCAGCCGGAAACCUUUCCCGAACGAGAGGGGGUUAAGCGCCGUCUGUCCGAGGCAGUCCCAGACGGCGCCCUGGACUCCCCCAGCGGUGAAGCUGGGGCACCGGGCCCUGCCUGGCUUCCCUCUCUACAGCCGUGCUGGGACCUCGAGGACAGCCCGAGCGUCUGCAGCAGCAGCAGCGGCUCACAGUACUCGGCAGACUUUGAAGUCACAAGUGCUUCUUCCGUCAGCAGCAGCUCAGAUGAAGAUCUACCUGUCCACACCGAUGCCACAGAGAUGGCGACCGAAUCUUCUUCUGAGGAAAACUGGGACCCCGGUGACUUUGAGGACUCAGAGGAGGCAGCCCUGGCAGAAGCAGUGGACAACCUUGAAUGGGCCAUGCAAGAGAACAGGUCCUCUCCAGCUCUCGGGAGCUCGCAGAAGCGCAUCGGUGACUUUGGUGGAAGCGACUCCAGCAGUUUCACCUCCAAGGACUCGGAGCACCUAUCAUGUUCAGAAGACUCUGAGCACGCAGAGGUUUGCCACUUGCUGCAACAACUGAACCUGAAACAUGGUGAGGGGAACGCCAGAUGCAACCCAAAGCGAAUGGAACAAAAAGUCCGCCUAGAAGACGGGGUACCUCCCACCUAUAGCCAGAAACAUUUGACUGCAAACUCGCCUCUGCCAGAAUUGGCCACUAACUACUCCAAGAGAAACUGA